UGAGAUUAGCUUGGGAUGAGGAUCAGCACCUCCAAAUCUGAGACCAUGGUUCUCGACCGGAAAAGGGUGGCUUGCCAACUCCGGGUCGGGGGAGAGGUCCUACCUCAAGUGGAGGAGUUUAAGUAUCUCGGGGUCUUGUUCAUGAGUGAGGGUAGGAGGGAUCGGGAGAUCGACAGGCGGAUUGGUUCAGCAUCUGCAGUGAUGCGGGCGCUGAGCCGAUCUGUCGUGGUGAAGAGGGAGCUGAGCCAGAAAGCCAGGCUCUCGAUUUACCGGCCGAUCUACGUCCCAAUCCUCACCUAUGGUCACGAGCUUUGGGUAAUGACCGAAAGAACGAGAUUGUGGAUACAAGCGGCCGAAAUGAGUUUCCUCCGUCAGGUGGCCGGGCUCAGCUUUAGAGAUAGGGUGAGGAGCUCGGACUUUCGGGAGGGACUCGGAGUAGAACCGCUGCUCCUCCGGAUCAAAAGGAGCCAGUUGAGGUGGUUUGGGCAUCUGGUCAGGAUGCCUCCUGGACGCCUCUCUGGGGAGGUGUUUCGGGCACGUCCUGCUGGCAGGAGGCCCCCGGGUCAACCCAGGACACGUUGGAGAGGUUACAUCUCCAAUCUGGUACGAGAACGCCUUGGGGUCCUGCCGGAGGAGCUGGUGGAGGUGGCCGGGGAGAGGACGGUCUGGAGCUUCCUAGUUGGGAUGCUGCCCCCGCCACCCGGAUCCGGAAAAGCGGAGGAAGACAACAACGACGAGAUUAGCUUGAUGUACCAAAGACCAUUUUCCCUGUUUUCCCUCCUUGUGUGUGCUCAGUAUGCUGUUUCAACAUUUGGACAGUGAGACACUAGCCAGUGACCAUAAGAAUGCAGCAAUCGGUCCACAGCGCUGUCCACUGCCUCGUCUCUCAGACGUAACCAAACACUUCUGACUGAGUCAGCACUAAUUGCUGAAUCCUGAUAAGUUAUAGAGAUGCUGCACUUUCCCUCCAUGUUUCACUGACAUGUGAAGUAGGGAAAAAAUAAAGGUUUCUCUCUCUGAUUUAAUGCUCCAGAGAUGGGAAUUGUGGCAUCAACAAGUCAGACAAUUCCCACCUUUAGCUUUUUCAGCAGCAGGAACUGAAAACUGGGAAUUUCCAUCUUAAACUGAAGCAAGCUGAGUUCCUCUAGUGCAACCGUUUGUGUGAAUCUGGAAACGUUAAUGC